AUGCGCAGUGCUCAUGCAAUGACAAGUGUAGCUCAACCUGACCGGCUGGAGGAAGAAGGAGCUGCUGCAGUGCACUUAGCUUGCCGGCCGGAGCACUGGGCACAACUGCUGCACCAGAGAGCUGUCUACUCAGCACACAGCGAGGAGGAGCUACAGACCUGCUUACACGGCAAUAAAGGAGCCAGGACUGCACAGAGAGCCAUUAGCUGCAGCCAGUCCUCCAAAAGGUCAUACAUACAGCGCUACGGCUUGCAGAGGAGACAUAGGACCAUAGGACAGAUGGUCUUCACCCCCAAGCCUGCCAGCAGCCACUCUCCAUCAUUCUGACGGUGCCCACCUAUAGCUGCCACUGGCAGAGCCCGGACAGAGUGUCCUGGAUGAGCAUCCCUAGAGGUGCCAGUCUCUGCCAUCUCUACCAUCAGAGGUAGCCAGAGAGGAGGGACCCCCAGCUCUGCCAUUACCCACCUGCAAUGCCUGGGUCUCAGGAAACAGCCGCAGCAACACCCAUUGGUCACAGCCUGGGUUAAUUGCCAGCAGGCGACCAGAUCUGACUGUGAAACCCAGUGGAAUAGGUACCAACUACCAGGGCCAUCAAAUACCUGCAAGGUGGGCACAUUUGGAGACAGCGAGCCAGUGCAAGGGCGCCAGUUACACUUGCAACCAGAGGACACCCUGGCCCAUCGGCACCAUUAGCACCUGCAAAGAGAGGGCACCCUGUCACAUCAGCACCAGGACCACCUGCAACCAGAGGGAACCCUGUCCCAUCAGCACCAGGGCACCAUUACCAUCUGCAGCCAGAGAAACCCAGUCCCAUCAGCACCAGUGCACCAUUACCACCUGCAACCAGAGGGCACCCUGUCCCAUCAGCACCAGUGCACCAUUACCACCUGCAACCAGAGGGAACCCUGUCCCAUCAGCACCAGGGCACCAUUACCAUCUGCAGCCAGAGGAACCCAAUCCCAUCAGCACCAGUGCACCAUUACCACCUGCAACCAGAGGGCACCCUGUCCCAUCAGCACCAGUACCACCUGCAACCAGAGGGCACCCUGUCCCAUCAGCACCAGGGCACCAUUACCAUCUGCAGCCAGAGGAACCCAAUCCCAUCAGCACCAGUGCACCAUUACCACCUGCAACCAGAGGGCACCCUGUCCCAUCAGCACCAGGGCACCAUUACCAUCUGCAGCCAGAGGAACCCAAUCCCAUCAGCACCAGUGCACCAUUACCACCUGCAACCAGAGGGCACCCUGUCCCAUCAGCACCAGGGCACCAUUACCACCUGCAACCAGAGGGCACCCUGUCCCAUCAGCACCAGGGCACCAUUACCACCUGCAACCAGAGGGCAACCUGUCCUGUCAGCACCAUUAACACCUACAACCAGUGA